AUGACGCUUCCUACCGUUCAAACAUCAGACGAUUGUUGUGACCUAGAGGACAACCACAUCAUGCUCUUUCUGCAGGGAAUUGUUGACCAUGAGAUGAGGUUUCUUGACAUUGUAACAGCUGGUUGGCCUGGGGGAAUGACGGUAUCUAGACUUUUAAUGUGUUCAGGAUUUUUCAAGCUCUGUGAAGGUCGACAGCGUUUGAAUGAAAAUUUUAGAACUUUAUCUGGAGCAGAGAUUAGAGAAUACUUAGUUGGUGGGUUGGCUAUACUCUGCCUCCCUGGCUCAUAA